CUCUCCCUCUCUCUCUCCAAGACUCUGCUCAUCACAACAAGCAAUGGCUUCUCUUCUUCUCGGCUGUGGAGCCGUCUUCUCCGAGCGUCUCGCCCGUCGUCAUAGGGCCCACCGGGAAAUAACCCGCGAGUACGCCGAAAACUUCGAGCUGCUAAAAAAGGAAAACGAGAAGAGAGUGCAAACCAUCGCCAAUCAAUACUCGGCGUCAUCCUCACCGCCGCCUAGCUACGAGGACAUCCACGAUGCAGCCAGUGCCGGUGCAAUUCCAUCGGACAGGAGACCUGCUGAGAGCAACGUCCAACGAACAUAAAGAUGGACAUGAUCAGCAAACGAGUGGAACCGGAGACGAGACAUUGUGUGCCCGGGAGAUAGUUUUUAAAAAGUUUUUGAGUUGGGUAACGGUGAUUUUGCAAAGCUGGAUUUUUGAUGAUUCAAGAUGGCGUAAUGGAAAAAAGGGACUAGAGUAUAGAAACAUUGGAGUUGGUUAUGGAGGAAUGUAACAGUAGUAUAGACAACGCAGUUCUAGAGUAUCGUAUUAGCCGUCUAGUGGAAACGGUUAGGAA